AUGGAUCACACCGUAUUCUUUGGGUCGCAAUUCGGCGGCGAAUCGGUCAUUAAUUAUAGCUACACUGACAUGCCGCUGCGGCUGCUCAUGUACGACAUCAAGUACUUCUUCGUCUUCAUGUGGGCGUUGCCGUGGAUCUUGUGGCCUAUUCGACCCACGGACGGGGGACCUUUCGAUGAGCUCUCGCCUACGUUGCCGAAUGCGUGGUGUGUGUUUAUUCACAUAUUGCUCGUGAUUUGGCAGGUUGCCUUCAUCAUGGCAAUUCCUUCGGCGAUUCUGUUCCCGGUGUGGAUGGUUGCGAUUGGGCUAGGCCUCUUUUUGGGGGUGAAUAAGCUCUUGUGUUUGGCGUUAAAUGGCAAGACCGAUACGUAUGAGUCGGAUCCGAAGUAUGCGCCGCCGUUGGAGGAGCAUGCACAUGAGAAGUGGAUCUUCUUGAAUGGUGUUGCUGUAGGCGAGGCUUGGAUGUUGAGCAACCUCAACCGGCUGGCCCUGACCUUCAAGCGCCCUGUUACUGGCAUCCACAACAAAACGAACGGAAUCAUCUUCGAUGUGGUCGAGUGCCUGAUUCAGCGCAACUUUAGUUACGCAACCGGUGAUGUGCGUUUGGCGUACAAGGCUGUCAAGGAGCAUCUGUAUAACCCGCAGUACUCCAAGGUGGUCUUCAUACUGCAUUCACAAGGUGGGAUCGAAGGUGGUCUCGUCUUAGACUGGUUACUUCAAGAGCUGCCCCAGGAUCUCCUGACCAAACUGGAAGUCUACACCUUUGGAUGCGCUGCUAAUCACUUCAACAACCCACACCGACAUGCCGCGUCCCAGGAUGCCGAGAAGAAUCAUCUACAUACGGCCACCGCCACGAGCGUCACCAAGAUGCAAAUAACAGACUCUCCCACCGAACUCAAGACUCCUCUGCCGCGUCGCCAGACGAGUGACGAUAACCAUAGAUCCCAACAACCCGUCGAAAAUCCCCCCACGCCUGAAUCGCUCUCAGAUGACGAAACCACACAGACAGAAACAUCCCAACUCGUCCUCCCCGCUAUGGACCGCGCGAUCGGCUACAUUGAGCACUACGCCCACACAACCGACUUCGUCGCCCUCUGGGGCGUCCUCCACUUCGUAACCAACAAGCGGGCCUCCCCCAUGGCGCCCCGCUUCAUCGGCCGCGUCUUCAGCCGGACUUCGUCCCGAGGAGGUCACCAAUUCUGUCAACACUACCUCAACGGCAUGUUUCCCCUAGAAUGCCACCCUUCCAACAGUACAGAAUUCAUCGGCUGCGCCGACGAAAACGACUUCAUGAACAGUGUCGUGGAGCGGGGCGAGGAAGGAACAGCGCGCCAGGAAGCCAGAGAGGCGUAUGAGGAUAGUUGGGAUAUGUUGCAGAGGGCGGGGAGGAAGGUCAAGGGAAAGGGGAGUAUACAUGAGGUGGCAGUGCAUGGGAGUUUUACUGAUGGGAGGUUGGAGGGGGACGGCAAGAUUCGGGUUAAAGAUCUAAGUCGGCUUUGGCUGUAUAGGAAUGGACGGAGUCCGCCCGAGACACCAAGAGGGUUGGAGGCUGAUAAGUCGAAGAGUGCCACGCCCCGUCAUACAAUCCUAGAUCCCUAA